AUGAAAAGAAAAUACGAAACGACAAACUACAUACACACGUCAAAUAAAACAAAUAGAAAACAAAAGAACCCGGGAAAGGCAAGCAGGCUGACAAGAAGGCAAACAGGCAGGAAAGCAGGCAAGCACGGAGCUAAGGGUGCAAGCAGGCAGGGAAGCAGGGGGCCAGGAGAGCAAGCAGGCAAGCACGGAACUAAGGGAGUAAAUGGGCAGUGGAUCAAGCAGGCAGGGAGUCAGGAGAACAAGCAGGCAGGAAAGCAGGCAAGCAGGGAACUAAAGGAGCAAGUAGGCAGGGAAUCGGAUAGCGAACAGUCAGGAAAGCAGGCAUACACAGAGACAGGAGAGCAAGUAGGCAGGGAAGCAGGCAAGCAGGGAUCCAUGGAAGGACGUAGGCAGGAACGCAGACAAGCAGGGAGACAAGAAAACAAGCAGGCAGGAAAUCGAGAUAGCAAGCAGGUAAUGGAACCAAGGGUGUAA